UGUAAUUUAGUGAUUACAAAAGCAUCAGAUGAAGAAAUGCGAGGCUUAAUCUCACUUAAAUCGAUGAAUCCAUGGUGAAUGAAGCCUGAGGGACAUUGCAUUCUUUUGAUGUCAUGCAUGUCAGCUGUUUUGUUGCCUCAUCUGUAGAGACCACUUUAAAUGUAGGACCAGGACAAGAUGGCGGAUUUAUCUUUGCUCCAAGAGGAUUCCCAAGAGGAGUUAGACGGAUUUGGUGUGGAUGACUACUCAGAGUCUGACGUCAUUAUUAUACCUUCAGCCUUGGAUUUUGUAUCGCAAGAUGAAAUGCUGACACCACUGGGAAGACUGGAUAAAUAUGUUGCAAGUGAAAACAUUUUUAACAGACAGAUGGUGGCCAGAAGUUUAUUGGACACAUUAAAAGCUGUUAGCGAGGAUGAGCGGGAUUGCAUUGCUGUCUUAGAACGCGUGAGCAAGCUGGCUGAUGAUUCAGAGCCCACUGUUCGAGCAGAGCUCAUGGAACAAGUACCCCACAUUGCCAUUUUCUGUCAGGAGAACAAACCUUCCAUUCCAUAUGCCUUCUCUAAGUACUUGCUGCCAAUUGUAGUGAGAUACUUGGCUGAUCCGAAUAACCAGGUUCGCAAGACGAGCCAGGCGGCUCUUCUGGUGCUGCUGGAGCAGGAGCUGAUCGACCGAGUGGACAUUGAGAACCUAGUGUGCCCUGUGCUUGUGGACCUCACGGCCCCGGACAGCAACGAUGACGUGAAGACGGAGGCCAUGGCGAUCAUUUGUAAGAUGGCCCCCAUGGUGGGGAAGGACAUCACAGAGCGUCUGUUCCUUCCACGUUUCUGUGAGAUGUGCUGUGACUGCAGGAUGUUCCACGUACGCAAGGUCUGUGCAGCGAACUUUGGAGAUAUUUGUAGCGUUGUUGGUGGGGAGGCAACUGAAGAGCUGCUGCUGCCACGCUUUUUCCAGCUCUGCUCGGACAACGUGUGGGGGGUGCGGAAAGCCUGCGCCGAGUGCUUCAUGAGUGUUUCCUCUGCCACGUCGCCCGAAGUGCGCCGGACCAAACUCUCAUCGCUCUUCAUCAACCUCAUCAGCGACCCCUCGCGCUGGGUGCGACAAGCUGCCUUUCAGUCUCUGGGUCAGUUCAUCUCUACAUUCGCCAGCCCCUCCUCUAACGUGGGCCAGUACUUUAAAGAGGGAGGGGAGGAGGGCGAGUGGACCGCUGAACACUCCCAGAAAAACAGUGCUGAGGAGAAGUCAUCAAAUUCGGACACGAAUACUGCACAAGGUUCUCUCACUGCUGCUACGGAGAUGAGCCCAGAGGAUUCCCCUGUCGAUGUGGAACAGAAGGAUAAUGUGACCUCUGACAUCUCUCCGGACUCCACUUCCCAGAAUUCCUCUAACGCUCAGGGUGAUGUGGCGAGUUCAUGUCGGAUGGAGGAGGAUGGGAACAUGGACGUUGCCGAAGAGGGUGGAGGAGAGCAGGCUGCCGAGGUUCUGAAUGGCGACAUGUCCUGUUGCCACGGCAACACUGACUCCAGGUGCCUCCUGGGAGAAAUGGAACCCUUGCACAACGCCUCGGAACCUGACCCAGGCCCUCUGAAAGAAGAACCUCCCUACCCACCUGAGGAACCCGUCGCAGAUCAACAACAACCCCCCAACUCGGCACAAAGCACCACGGCAGAGAAGCCCCCAAACACACAGCAGAACAAUCCGGAAGGCGAGAACCCAGUCUCGUCCACCUCCACCGAAGACACUGCAGCAGCGGCCGGCGACCGCGACAGCACCUCCUCGCCAGCAGCGGCCUCUCUGGUCCAGACGGAGGACAUCCCCGAGCAGGAGCUCUUCAACUCCUUCCACUUCUGGAGGACGCCCAUCCCUGAGAUCGACCUGGACCUGGAGCUGCAGGAGGAGCAGGAAGAGGAAGGGGCAAGCCCAAACACGCCGCCCAGAAGCUCAGGGCCCCCGCUCAUAGGGGCCAACAUGCUCCCCCCGGCCCUGGGCAGGAAACAGCUGGAGGAGCUCAUUGAGAAUCUGGAACCGCACAUCGAUGACCCAGACGUGAAAGCACAGGUGGAUGUGCUGACGGCCGCUCUGCGGGCUACAGCCUUGGAUGCACACCUGGAGGACGCCUACCUGGAGCCUCGCACGGCCCAGGUCUCCCAUGACAACCCCUUUGAAGUCCACCAGGUGCCCCUGCUGGACUCCAGCGACCUGGAGAACCAGGAUCCCACCCUGCAGAUCAGCCACGGAGAUGACUCGGACAUGAGCGAUAGCAGCAUGAGCCCAGAAGAGGAGAAGAGAUCCAAACAGCAGGACGUGAUUCCGCAGGCCUUGCUGGACCAGUACCUGUCCAUGACUGACCCGUCCCGGGCCCAGACGGUGGACAUGGAGAUCGCCAAGCACUGUGCCUACAGCCUGCCGGGCGUGGCUUUCACCUUGGGCCGGCAGAACUGGCACUGUCUGCGCGACACCUACGAAACGCUGGCCUCGGACAUGCAGUGGAAGGUGCGGCGGACAUUGGCGUUCUCCAUCCACGAGCUAGCGCUCAUUCUGGGGGACCAGCUGACGGCCGCCGACCUGGUGCCCAUCUUUAACAGCUUCCUCAAGGACCUGGACGAGGUGCGGAUAGGAGUGCUCAAGCAUCUCUAUGACUUUCUUAAGCUUUUACAUCAAGAGACGCGGCGCAAGUAUCUGUACCAGCUUCAGGAGUUCCUCGUCACAGACAACAGUCGAAACUGGCGCUUCAGAUCCGAACUCUCUGAGCAGCUGGUGUUGUUACUGGAGUUGUACAGUGCACAGGAUGUGUAUGACUACCUGAGACCGUUAGCCUUUAAACUUUGCACAGACAGAGUGUCAUCUGUACGGUGGACGUCUUACAGACUGGUGAGCGAAAUCAUCAGAAAGCUGUCUACCUGUCCGUCGCUGCUUGUAGAUUUUCUUAGUGAGCUGGUGGAGAAAUUCUGCCACUGUCCGAAGUGGUCAGGGAGACAAGCUUUUGCUUUCGUCUGUCAGCUGGUGAUAGAGGAUGGCUGUCUGUCUCUGGAGCAGUUCUCUGAGCACCUGCUGGCACCCCUGCUGCAGCUGGCCACAGACCCCGUGCCCAACGUCAGGGUCUUGCUGGCCAAGACCAUCCGCCAGAGCAUCCUAGAGAGAGAGUAUUUCCUGAACUCGGCCAACUGUCACAACGAGGCCCUGGAGCAUACGCUGGUAGCCCUGCAGAUGGACAUGGACAAGGACGUGAAGUACUUCGCCAGCGUCCACCCCAGUAGCACGCGCAUCAACGAGGACGCCAUGAGCACCACCUCCUCCACCUACUGAGCAAACACGCACUCAUAUACACAAUUAUAUACACACCCACACACACACACACACACACACACACCUUUGGCUACCCCCUUUCCUUGGGUCGGAUCGGGAUUUGGAAUGAGUUUAUUUUUCACCUACUGAGCACACAACUCUUGUCUGUUUCUUUACAUGCAUACACACACAAGACAAGCUUACUGUCCUUUCCAUGUCCAAAAAAUGGAUAGGAACUUGGGCACGUAAAGCUGCUCUCUCUCUCUCUCUCUCUCUCUCACUCUCACACACACUCUCUCACUCACACUCUUUUUCUCUUGCUCUGUUUCUCUCACACACACAAACAUAUAUACAUACACACACUUUGCACAAGCCUCCACCUCCAUGCUCGAUCACAAGUGGACAUACAUUGUCAAACUUGAUUUUUCUUCCCGCACACACACACUGUGACUGUCCCCUUCUUUCUCCGAGCCUUGGACAGGGCUUUGGGACAGGGUUGGCCCUGCAGGGACUCUAGACCAUGGCAACACCACAAGGGGGGCGCUCCACUGGAGAUCCUCCCGCUUGGACGCGACUCACUACGACAAAGAAGUAUCUAGUGCAUUCUUUUCUGUUUCUUUUGCCACAGAAGCCUUAAAAGAGUCUUCCUUAAACGAGAGAAUACUUGAAUGUUAUGAGCAGUUAUAUGGCAGCACCCAACACAGAAUGACGACAAAACACAAAAGAAAAGAAGGAAAAAAAAAAAUGUUAACGGGACGGAGGAUGUCGGACCAUUUCUCCCCACUUUUCCUCUUUCCCAGUCUCUCUCCAUCUGUUUUCUGUCUAUCCCUCUUCCAGUAGGACCUCAGAAUCUUGACCUAGCCGGAAAAGCCAGUAUUUUCACAGCUUUAUGGAACCGCAAUAUAGCAGGAAAAGACAGGUAGCGCAAAAUGGUGUAAAAGUCUUCGCAAUUGAUUGAUUGGUUGAUUGUUUUUUUUUGUUUUGUUUGUUUGUUUAUUAUUAUAAUGUUUGAUUCCUUUUUUUGAUACUGUAAAUGAAUACACUUCGUAUGCUGCAUAUUACGAAAUACGUCUGCACCACUGCAGCCUUGUCGGUGCGCGCCUCUGACUGGGGGAAAACGUUUCUUCUCAAGGGCUUUUGGCCUCUGUUGUUUUAAAAACCUAGUGCAGCACAUUGUUGUACCCAAGGAUGAGGGCGACCCUCAAUCCCCCCCCUCCUCCCCACCAACACACACACACACACACACACACACACACACACACACCCACACCCUCGCCCCCCAACCCUCUAGCGUGCAGGGGAUCCCCUCGCUCCCCAAAAUGAUGACAGAGGCGAGAGACGUAUUGUAUUUUAUAUGGAUGUCCGGCUGUCCUACAACAUGCAGAGAGCCAGCCAGCAACGCAAGUUUGGUCCAGCCAAGGCCAGCACACUCAAGUUCACUCGAACCUGUAAUGCAUUUUAACGAGAAUAAAAUACCACCUCCACCCCCCUCCCCAAAAAUACCCUUUGACCCCCCCCCUCCUUUCUUCACACUCAAUGUGUACAUAUCUUUAGCAAUGGUUUUGGGUUUUUUCCAUUUUGAUCAAGGAUCAUGACUAGUAUUGUGAUACAAAUUUGUUCUUUUAACUUGUCCAAAAUAAAAUUAAGAUACCUCAA